CAGACCAACACAACCACGCGCAUGGAGGCGCGCGCCAGCAGGAUGGAGCUCGCGCGGCACGAUCCAAAAACCCAGCCGUUUAUUUAACGGAGAGAGGGGGGAUAUUCUUAUGUGAUGAAGCGGAUACGAUUAUUAGUUUGCGUUUGUUGAGGCUGACGCGUUGAGCGUGGAUCAACGUGAAAGUUAUCUGCAGGAACGCGUGGGGAAGGACGAGAUUUAAAGGGCCAGCAGCUCGCAAACGAGAACAUGGAGCGAUGCGUUACUGUUCUGGAUCAGGACCGGGAUAAACAGUAUUGCGAGCUGUGUGGCAAGAUGGAAAACCUUUUAAAGUGCGGUCGGUGCCGGAUCUCCUUCUACUGCAGCAAAGAACAUCAGAAACAGCACUGGAAAAAACAUAAACUCACCUGCAGAGAGGCUGACAAGACCAAGAUUGUGCCUCAAACUCCACAGCAGCUGGAGAAACCAGCCGAUCCAAAACUGAUCAGCUCAGAAACUGACAGCAGUAACACAAAACCCAAACCUCAAACACAAAAACUGGCCACUGAGUAUAUAAUCCCAUGUAUGAACAAACAUGGCAUCUGUGUAGUGGACAACUUUCUGGGUGAAGACAUCGGACUGUCCAUACUGGAGGAUGUGAAAGCUCUUCAUCAGACUGGUAAAUUCACUGACGGACAGCUGGUGAGUCAGAAAAGUGACUCUUCUAAGGACAUAAGAGGGGAUCAAAUCACUUGGAUUGAGGGAAAGGAGCCUGGAUGUGAGAAGAUCCGCUUCUUGAUGAGUCGCAUGGAUGACCUGGUCAGGAGUUGUAAUGGAAAACUGGGAAACUACUCAAUAAAUGGAAGGACUAAAGCAAUGGUGGCAUGUUAUCCGGGUAAAGGCACUGGAUACGUGCGCCACGUGGACAACCCAAAUGGCGAUGGGAGAUGUGUCACAUGCAUAUAUUACCUUAAUAAGAAUUGGGAUGCCAAGGAACAUGGAGGCAUACUGCGGAUAUUUCCAGAGGGUAAAGCUCAGUUUGCGGACAUCGAACCCAAAUUUGACCGCUUGCUUUUAUUCUGGUCUGACAGACGAAACCCUCACGAGGUCCAGCCUGCACACGCUACAAGAUAUGCCAUUACCGUGUGGUAUUUCGAUGCUGAUGAGCGGGCCAGAGCUAAAGAAAAGUACCUAACAGGUGCUGGUGAAAAAGGAGUGAAGGUGGAGCUAAACAAGCCGUCUGAACCAAGCUAAUCAAAGUAUCAUUAAUCUGUACCUUUCCUGGUUACCAGCUGCGUGGAGCAAAAAAAGGCAGUUGGAAAAAGCAGCGGGUGUCCAUGACGAAGCAAGAGAAGGAGCGGAAGAUUGAAUUCAUAGAGAUUUAAAACUCUUCAGAAUUCAGUCAUUUUAGUUAUAAAAAGGUACAGUACUCUGUAUUACAUGUACAUUAAUGCUUCUCAUGUGACUGGAGUCACAGUGCUUCUGAGGAAUGUUUAAAAUGUUAAAAGGAGAAAUGUAUUAUUUUGCUUUUGGUUCUGGGAUGAGCUUCUGCAUUUCAACCUGAUCUUUAUGAAUCAAGUUGCGCAUCUAUGCAUGUUCUCUCUCAACGCUGCGCCAGUACUGAUCAGUUGUCUGUUCAUACUGAAAUGCACCCAAUGCCAGUGAGGUCGUGGACUUUUGGCAUGUUUAUUCAGGACUGAGAGCUAGCAGAUGCAUCAUGGGAAUGUCAUCUGCAAUCCUACAGAUUAACUUUGUUACAUGCAUUAAGUCAGUGCAAGUCCAGUAUUGUCUGUCAUGACCUGCACGUCAUUAUUGUCUAAAUUCAUCAAAAUAAAAACCUGUUUGCAUUUUA